AGACAUUUUCCACAGAUUUGAGAGAGAGAGAGAGAGAGAGAGAGAGAGAGAGAGAGCAUACAGAUUUGAGUUUUCUCAGAAGCAAAUCAAUGAGGACAUAGAUACAGUCACAGUUAGAGAGAGAGAGAGAGAGAGAGAGAGAGAGAGAGAGAAGACGCCAUGACAGCUCGGAAGAGAGCCACAUCAGAGGCCGCCUCCACCGCCGCCGCCGCCGCGAAGCCUCUGACGACGGACCCUCCAAUGGCCCCAUCGAAGGCGGGCCAAAUCCUGAAAGUAUCUCUCAUCUUCUUUGUCCCGUACUUGUACCUGAUAUUGUCUCACUACAACAUCGAGCCCGACCUCAAGCGAUCCAUCCUCAUCAGCGCCGCAGUCAGCUCCGCUGGAUUCUUUCUGACCCUAGCCAUGAUCCCCGUGGCGUCUAGAUACGUGUUGAGGCGCAAUUUGUUCGGUUACGAUAUCAAUAAGAAAGGCACCCCUCAAGGCUCUGUCAAAGUGCCUGAGUCACUGGGUAUUGCUGUUGGGAUUGUUUUCUUAGUGCUAGCAAUCUUGUUUCAGUACUUCAAUUUUACAUCAGAUUCAAUUUGGCUUGUUGAGUACAAUGCGGCAUUGGCAUCAAUCUGCUUCAUGAUGUUGCUUGGAUUUGUUGACGAUGUCUUGGAUGUCCCUUGGAGAGUGAAACUUGCACUGCCAUCAAUUGCUGCUCUUCCUCUUUUGAUGGCCUAUGCUGGGCAUACAACUAUUAUUAUACCAAAGCCUCUCAUUCCUUACGUUGGACUUGAGAUUUUGGAUCUAGGGUGGAUAUAUAAGCUUUAUAUGUGGCUUUUGGCCAUUUUUUGCACAAACUCUAUCAACAUCCAUGCUGGUUUGAAUGGCUUAGAAGUUGGGCAGACAGUUGUGAUCUCGUCUGCUAUCUUGGUACAUAAUGUAAUUCAAAUUGGAGUAUCUUCUGACCCUGAGUAUAAACAGGCCCAUGCAUUCUCUAUUUACCUUGUUCAACCAUUACUUGCCACUUCUUUGGCUUUACUUUCCUACAACUGGUAUCCUUCUUCAGUUUUUGUUGGUGACACCUACACCUACUUUGCUGGAAUGACUAUGGCUGUAGCUGGCAUCCUAGGCCACUUUAGUGAAACACUCUUGAUAUUCUUCCUUCCUCAAGUUUUGAACUUCCUCCUAUCACUCCCUCAGCUUUCUGGCUACAUUCCUUGUCCACGGCAUCGUCUUCCAAGGUUUGACCCUCAGACAGGACUCCUGACUGGUACAAAUGAUGGAACGCUCGUGAAUUUGUUCCUCAGACAAUUUGGACGGAUGUCAGAGAAGUCACUUUGCAUCCUUCUACUUGUUUUCCAGGCCAUCUGCUGCUGCUUCUGUUUCAUGCUUAGAUGGUUACUCACUGGUUGGUACAAAUGAGACAGCAACACUGGAAAACUUACUAACAGUUGGCGGUUCCUCAUCGGUGGUGUUCAUUAAAGUGCAGGACUAUCUCAUCACGCAAGUGUGUUGUAUAUUUUAAUUCUUCUGUUGGAAAGAGUAACUCUAGGUAAGUUGGUAGGAAACAUGAAUAUGUUACAGUUUGAGCGGUGUUGACAUGAUUACCAGCAGAAUUUUGCACAUUUGAGAUGACAACCUUGACAUUGGUUUAAAAGUUCAAAAGGUGAAGAUUGUUAAAUCUCUUUUCAUUCA